CAUUGGACGCAGGAAAGGGUCCAAAGGUACAUGCGCGUAGGCUUCUCUAUUGUUCUCGUGGUAUCUGGUGACGGCUUUAGUGGGAAAAGCGCUGCUUGGAACCGGAUGUAAAGCUAACCAGAUUACGUCGUUGGUGUUUCCCCUUUUUAAGACUAAGUGGUAGGCGUGGCUUAAACGGUUACUUCUUGAAUAUGCAAAUUUGUGACUGCUACUACAAUCAUGGAGGAAGGGCUUACGAAUUUGGGGUAUUUAAUAGGCAAGUUGACUCGUUGGAAGAAAGAAUAAGCCCGUCAGCCUCGUCACGUUGAGACAACGUAAGAAGAAAAAAACUCAAAAUGAAAGCUGCAAUAAUCGGAGGUGGUUUCAGCGGCUUGCUGUCCAUCAAGGCAUGCAUAGAAGAAGGAAUUGAACCCCAUUGCUUCGAAAGAUACGACCAACUCGGAGGUGUUUGGGUUUACCAAGAAGGCCUCCGUCCGGGUCAAGGGUCAGCUAUAUAUGACUCACUGAUCACGAACUCCAGCAAGGUCAUGAUGGCUUUAAGCGACUACCCCUUCCCCAAGAAUGCACCACCGUAUCCACGUCCCAAACACAUCCUCAAAUACAUGCAAGACUACGCAGCCCACUUCGACCUCGAGAAGUAUAUCCAGUACAACACGUCCGUACUCCGGGUCGAGCCGACGGCUGAUUUUGAGACUACGGGACAGUGGCUGGUGCGCACGCGCAUGGACGGCUGUGAGGAAAAGGCGGUAGUUUUUGAUGCAGUUUUCGUCUGCUCUGGAAUGUACAAGAAGCCUUUCGUGCCAGAGUAUCCGGGGCUUGAUGAAUUUGAGGGACAGAAAAUACACACAAAUGAAUUCAGAAAGCCCGACUCUUUCGCCGGGAAAACAGUAGUUGUUAUGGGUUCGUCGAACUCAGCCGGUGAUGUCGCCGUUGAUUUGAGCCGAUGGGCCCGCCAGGUCCACCUGACGAUGAGGCACGGUUGCUGGGUCGUCAAACGCAUGUCUUCGGACGGUGUUCCCGUUGAUAUGACAGUCAACAAAAGAAUCAUACAGUUUGCUCCAACUGCCUUAGUUGGUAAGAUUGCAGAGUCCAAAGCCAACGUGAACUUCAACCAUAGUAAACUCGGCCUGUCUGCAGAGGCUGGUCUCCUGAACAGUGAGGUCAUGAUAAACGAUGAAAUUGGAGACCGAAUUAUGUGCGGUGCGAUCCAGUGCAGACCCGGGGUCAAACGAUUUACAAAGAACGGCGUGGAGUUUGUCGAUGGGGUCAAGGUUGAUAACGUUGAUGCCGUUAUGUUCGCCACUGGGUACGAGCUUGGCUACGACUUCAUUGACAGGUCGAUUAUACAAGACAACUUUGCCGAUUUGGACUUGUACCUGCACGUUUUCCCGCCAAAACUACGUCACCAGACCCUCGCUGUGAUUGGUUGCGUAACAACGCUUGGGGGACAGCCCCCUGUCUUCGAACUCCAAACCAGAUUGGCUGCUCAGGUAUUCAAGGGGAAAGUGCGCAUGCCCGAUGAGCAGACGAUGAUGGAUGACGUCAUAAGGAGAAGGGAUGUCCUCUUCCAAACAUUUGGAAAACACAGACUUUUUUUCCCGCCUAUACCUUAUCAAGAUCACCUGGCCGAUCUGAUGGGUGCAAAACCAAAGUUCACUAAACUCUUUCUGACCAAUCCAAGGCUUGCGUUCCAGGUGCUUUUCGGACCCUGCUACCCAGCAACCUAUCGCCUUUGUGGCCCACAUUCUUGGAGCGGUGCCAAGAAAGCUGUCGAAGAAUCCUGGGAUAGCAUCAUACACGCAACACAGACGCGGGUACCCGUGAAGCAGCGCAAGCAAAAGAGCGCGGUGACGUCUGGAGGGCAAUUCUUCGGAGCGCUCGUAUCUUUGAUGGUAUUAGUUGUUACGCUUUUGCUUGUGUUGAAGUAAAAGAACUGUGUUAUGGUUUUUGAACACACCCUUUCAAACUGAUAAUUUUUCAACCCACAAAAAGUACCCCAAAACCUUUUUUUAGAACUAAAGUCUGAUUUCCGAUCUUUGUUUUGCUCUUUGGAGAAGUCUGAAACAUUAUGAUUAAAUUCUGAAAUGUAAAUAAAGACUGCACCGUGUGUAUACAUUUAUGUAUAUCGGUCAGCCCUGAUUUCCUACUUUUUUUUCAAAGGACCAAAUAGCAUACCUGCAUUUAAACCAGGUAAUAUUUUGUAUCUUUACUAAAAAAAGUCAAGAGAUUAUUUUUGACAAAUAAAAAUGAAAAAGAUUUAAUAGUCACUGCCAUUAUUUCACGAGAAAAGCAAAAUGCAUUUUUUCAAUUUUGAAUUUUAUAGAUUUUACUUUCUAACUCAAUUUUUGUAUUCGCGUUUUGCAUUGUAUUUUCAAGCUACAAUAUUUUAUGGGUUUUUAAGGUGAAACUGUUGAACAAUAUAUAUUCUCUGUUUAGAAAGAGGGUGCCUUUGUACAUUUGAUAGCCCUUCUGGCAGGCAAGCUACUUACUGGUACUACACAGUUCAUAUGGCAAAUUUUGCAUUUGGUUGUCAUGAUUUCAACAUAGUAUGGCGUCAUCAACCUUUUUUUUAAAAUAUUAUUUGACAUAAAAAUACUAUAGAUGGGUAUCAAACACAGUGUAAUUUUUCACCGUUUUAUAGAGACUUGUAUUUAUUGAUUUAUUUAUGUUUUCAAAUUUUCAUAAGGACUCUAUUAUUUUGGAAAUUAGUGGUAAAAGGGAAUCAAACAUUGAAGCUCAUCCUAAAAAGAAGGCUUCACACCAGGGCAAAAUUUCAUAGAGCUGCUUAAGAAAACACCGCUUAAAAAUGUCCUGCUUAGCACAAUAUGCAGAUUACCAGUCACAAGUUUUAGAUGUGACAUGGUAUUUUGGUUGGUGAACAUAAUUUUGUUGUGCUUAUCUACUUUUGUCCUCAAAUUAUCUCGAUUGGGGCCCAGAUGGCAAGGGGUGAUCAAAGCGAAUGAACCACUGUAAUUUGUUGACCUAUUGCCCCACCAACUUGUAAAGAGCAGGGCACUAUUUAAAACGCCCUGCUUAGCAGCGUGAGCAGGAUACCAGUCAUAAAUUGUACAUGUUACACGGUACUUUGGCUGGUAACCUUAUUCUGGUAAGCUUAAUGU